UCCCAGCCCAACGAAACUUGCCCGGCCCAACGAGAACUAGCCUAACAAAACUCUCCCCCGAGCCCCCGGCGCUCCUCCCACGCCGGACGCGCCGCCUCCUGCACGCACGCGGCGACGCAGGAGGGAGGACUGCCGCUCGCUGGCCGCCGGCGGCCGCGACGAGCCAGCGCACCCCCGCAACCCCCGCGACCGUCCUACAACAUCUGACUGGUAUCGAAGAAAUGGCAAAGGCAUUCUACUUUGUAGUGGCUGCAGUCUUGCUAUGCCCCACCACCCUCUUCUCCGCUGCAUCGUCCACGCCACAUGCAUCUUCUUCAUCAUAUAAGAAGUGCAUUGUGCUCGUUGAGCGACCUCCACAUGCUGAUAUCAUGGACGAUGAUGCACGCAACAGUUGGUAUGAGUCUUUCCUCCCUAGCAACCUAACUGACUCGGGUAAACCACGCAUGGUCACCACUUUCCAUAUGGUAUAUCACGGCUUUGCCGCCUGGUUAACCGAGGCUGAGCUGGACGUCAUGUCCAAAAAGCCCGGCUUUCGCCGCUGGUUCGAAUCUGAAAACAUUGACCCAGGUUGGAGCAAGGAACAUACAACAGGAAGGAUUGGGCUGACCCAGGUUGGGAGGAGUAUACAGCACGAUUGUAUUAUAUGCUCACAAAGGUGGGUUGGAAAAUGGGUUAACCACCAACCAGUUGCAUCUUGCAUGGCCCAUACAUAAUUUUUGUUUUGGGCUGGCCCGAGCCAUCACAAGGCCUAUGCCUUAGGGCAUCUCCCAUGCCGUCCCUAAAACAGACACAUUAUUUUUUGUUCACGGACUGGUCGCGGAUUUGGUACGAAUCAGUCUGUCAGACAUUGAUACGAGAGCCGGCCAUCCAACUUGUCUCCUAAA